AUGUCGACAAAUGAGCGGCUAAGCAUACGAAUAGACAGAGGUCAAAGACCUGCGGUCAACUUCAACAGUUCAACACAAUCUGUACAGAUUUACGUCCCACUUGACACCACUGUCAAUUACCAACCAAUUAGUCAAAAUGUGGGAAAUGGAUAUACAGUCAAGUUGCAGAGAAUGCAACAACAAUACAAAAUUUCCAUGCAACAUACGCAUGAAAGGAAAACAGAGUUCGUGGUCUUUGCUUCCAAUUUGGUGCAUGAUAGGGAGAUCAAAACGACAGUGAAAGAUGUGAACACAAGAAUACCUGAUCUCACAAUUGCCGGGUCUAAUUUGGAAGUCUGUGGAAUAUUGAAAGGACACAAUUUGACGUUUGAGAGUACCGUUGGGACUAUGCACAUCUACGCCAAAAUCACAUGCACCGGAUCGCUGAAUGUUCACUCUCAGAAUAUUGUUAUCUCGACUGAAGCACUCCUAAGUACUGAUGACUUCAAGGCUAUCUGUAGGAAACUUCAAAACGAUGGGAGAAUAUUCCCGAAGGAUAUUGAAAAUCUAGAGAACGUGAAACCAGAAGACCGGGAGGCCACUCCAGCUCGUCUUAUGAAAGUUGACUUCUCCUGUAAUUUAGUCCACAUUGGUGUUGAUGGAUCAGUUGGUGCAUUCAAAUCAGUUAUGGCACAAAAUCUACAGGUUACUGUAGCAGGAGACCUUGCCAAUUAUGGUAAAAUCUUGGCGAAGGAGCAAAUUUUUCUGGAAAUCCACGGAAACCACAUGAGCUUACAAGAUGGUUCUUUGGAUAGUGCUGGAAGAGGAUAUAAUGCGUUGAAGAAAUUGAGAAAGGUUGCGGAGCACAGUAUCUCAACACCCUCCUCCAGUACAAUGCACAACGCGAUUCAAUCUCAAAAUGCGUCGGUCGUUGCUAAUAUGAUAGAGAAGGGAAUCGACUUGAAUGACACUUUUGAGAGAAGGAGAUCCAAGAAAGUGACACUGAAACAGUCGGCGAUUCAGGAGUAUAAAGAGGCGAGGGAAAAGUCAAAGAUGAAUUCAGUGAGGGAGAGAAUCACGUUGAUCAACGCAUUGUUUGUGGCACAUGAAUGGAGGAGAGGUUGUAUUCAGGCGAACUUGAUUAAGGCCAAAAUCGGCAGAAAUUGUGAAGAUUUGGCUCAAUUUAGUGCCAAGAACCUGAAACUUAAAGUUGGUGGAAUGGCAACAGUGGAGAAAGAUUCCAUUUGGAGCAGUACCUGGGUUGAGUUGGAGGCCAAGCAACAUAUCUACUUCCAUGGUCAAACGAAGACAAGGACAAUGAUUUUGCACUCUGAUGCCAACAUUUUCACAACAAAUGAGGCGAUUCUUUCGUUUGAGUUGUUUGUGAGGGUAGGAUGUGUCAAAUUCUCCUGCGAAGGAAUGUGGUGUGCCGGUGAAUCACUGGUCAUCGAGACAAUAGGACCCGCACUAUUCAAAGAAGGCUCUUAUUUGGAAUCCGAGAAGCUUGAACUAGAAUGCAAAGGUGCAUGUGAAAUGGAUGCCACAUGGCAACUCACUUCAGCCUGGAUUCAUGUGGCUACCAUGCUGACAGUACUUCAAAAUGCAAAAAUAUUCAUUGAGGAGUCGAUGAGUAUCUCUGCUCUAUCCCUUCAUUUCUCUGGAUUCUGUCAUGUCACAGAGAAAUUGGAUUUGGUACUUCAAGACUCUGCCCACUUUUUCGGAAAUUCAAGAAUGGAGAUUCACGUGUUUCGGUUGACUUGCAAAGGAUUCUGCACAAUUGGUGGAUCAAUUUCAGUUACUGAUUUAACGAUUUAUAUAAGAAAUGAGCUGAUUACAACGUGUACUGGAAAAAUGAUGGUGGUCGGAUGUGCUGAUGUGAUAACUGGAUGUUUCAGAAACGACGCACUGUGGCAAGUAGAGAAGAACUUCAAAAUGGUUACAGGUUCCAUCGAACAGUCUGAAGAUGGAACCAUAUUUGUCAAGUACUCCAUGAAUUUUAUCAUACACGAAGAUUGUGCAGAGAACUUCGGAGGUCGUUUGGUUUCCAGUGAGAUUCUACUAAAAUCUCUGAAAACUUGUGUAUUCGAUGGAUUGAUCAGAUGCAACGAAAUGCAGAUAUCUCUCCCGUAUGUCGGUCAAUCAGUUGUCACCUUGAAAGGACAAGUGGACAUUGUAGCCGGAAGUUUGACAGUCAAUGGAAACUUGUCAGUGUCAGAUGAGAACUUGAGAGAACCUGUGACUGCAGGAUUAGUGGUUGCGUGUAACUUGACAGCGGCUGCUAUUGUUGCACCAUUUGCAUCUGUUCAUGUGGCAGAGUCGGCUGUUGUUCGAUUAAACGGAAUCGAAUCAUACAAAACUGAAGAAUUCAAUGUCCUUCUCAAUUGUGGCGCUCUUUACACUGAAAAGGAAAGCUGUAUCUUAUCAAUGGCCGGAGAAACAUCGACAGCUCGUAUCAAAUGUGAAGCUGUCAUUUGUGCAACCACGUUCUUUCAUCGUGGCCAAAUCCGGUUCUCUGGAAUGGAAGUGAACAUACUGGCGCCAGUGUUUGUGCAUGAAGGGCGUUUGACAAAUGUGGAAAACAAACAGAAUCAUGUCAGAAAUCUGUUCAUCAAUAUUGGAGAGUUACUUCUGAAUAAUGGAAUUCUGGCGUCGGAUAUUUUGGAAAUUGUUGGAGAUGGAAUGCUGGAGAAUACAAAUAGGAUAUAUGCAGUGGAUUCUAUGGACAUCCGGUUGAGAAAUUUUAAUAAUGAUGAUGGCCUAAUUGAGUCGAAAAAUUCAAUGAAAUUGUUGGCGGUUUCCAAGGAAUGGACAAAACUAGGGGGCUCUAUUAAGGCCAAAAAAUCCGUCGAUCUUUGCGCUAACCGUCUCAACGUGGCAAUCCGGAACAUUCAAAACUUAUCGAUUGAUAAACGACUCGUCUUCUCUGCUAAAACUGAUCUUUUGAUAUCAAGUGAUGUUAUCGAUGAGUCAAAAGAACUAUCAGUCGGAUGUGCGGCCCAACAAUCCGUUGGAAUCGGGUGCAAUAUGCAACUGGACCGUUUGGAAAUAUUGAUUGGUAGCGAAAACGGACAAGGACCGACUACUUUUGCAGUUUAUCAAAAUUUUAGCAUUAUUGCUAAUACCAUUUUGGUGACGUCGAACAGUGAGCAUGUACAAGUUUUGUUCGAUGGAGAUGUUCAAUGUAAUCGGUUGAGAUUUGCUGGAAAUGUCAAGACGGUCACCAUCGUCGGCUCCGGUAAUCUAGAGGCCACCUACAUGGUUCUCCCAGACUCCUCAAUAUCAUUCGAAAUGUAUUCUGUGGUUCGUGUCGAUGAGCUCCAGUGCGGUUUGUUUGAAGUGUUAGGCGAGAACAUUCUGAGACUUGAAUCGUGCGAAGGAGAGGAUACAACUACUAUUGUGACGGAAGACUUGAAUAUCGAGGGAACACUAUUCCUGGAAAAGAAAUUGUUCGUGAAAUCUCGUGAAGGAGUUGUAAGACUCAAUGGAAAUAUUCUCGGCUCCUCUCUUCGUAGUGAGAUUGCAUGUGAAGCAACGAAAAUGGUUGUGAAAGGACAAAUCGGAAAUUUCAAAUAUGUUGAGCUCUUCGCCCGUGAAAGUAUUUCAUUGCAAAACGAGAUUAUUCGAAAUGUGGAGAAGAUGUGUGUGGAAUGUGGGGAGUUGAGCAUAUACAGUGUGGAGGUGGAGAGUUGCCGAAGUUUGAGUUUGAAUUGUGACUCGUUGACAGCAUCUGGACACAUUCAAGGCGACCACAACACGACCCUCACUAUCCACGCUACCAACAUUCACUCUAAGCUUGACCUGGAAAACCUGGAAAAACUCUCCAUAUUUUGUAAAAGAAGUUCCACUCUCAAAGGAACGUGGAAUCAAAUUCAAGAAGUCCAUGUGGAUUCCAAAUGGAUCAACAUUUCAUGUCAUGUGGACAACUGCAGAAUUGUUAGAUUAACUGCAUGGGCGGUUGCUAACACCGGACCGAUUCUUGGAGAAAUGGUGCAUGUCACUGCUCUUGGAACACUUGUCAACACCUCUGGAAUUCAGGCAACCGAAGAAUGUCACGUCAUCGCUACAUUCAUUUUGUCAAUGACGGCACUAUCCAUAAUCUCCGGUGGUUCUAAAACUUCCAUAUACUCACUUUGUCUAUGCACAAGAAAUGACAUCUUUGAUCUGAUUGGAAUCAAUUAUCUUUGGCUAAAAUUCGAUCCGGAGACUCUGAAAAUGAGUGGAGCACCACCAGUAGACUUCCAGAAUUUCAAAACAUUCGCCGCACUACUCCGAGAUAGAUGGAUGACGUCAUCAAUCGAUGCUGAGGAGAUACUGAUUGGCUUGAAAUAUAUUAGUGAUUUACACGAGAUUAAAUGGAGUCUCGGGACGGAUAACAAAGUUUAUGAUAGUCUUCUGGAAAUAGCGGAGCGGUUUGGAAACACCCCGAUUUCAUUGUUUAAUUAUGGAGAGCUGGUGAACACGUUGCAAGGAGCGAAGGCAAUGAUGCAGGUGUUGCAAGACCCAACAAACAACGCCAAAUCCGGCAAAAAGCAAAAGAAAAAGUCGGACGGAUCACUCUACGAGGCACUGGUACAAUUCAAACACGGAAAAUACAGCAAGGAGAGUAACGACUCAUCGGAUACGGACAUAGGAUAUGUCAGUCGUAGUUCUAGUGAAGAUCUGAAUUCGAAACCAAGUAGACCGAGAUCACCCACUUUCCAUAUUGAUGCCUCCUCACACAGUUUUUUCGAAUCGAGUCAUCUUGAAGAGAUUGAAGAAAAGGUUGGAAAAGUGGAGGAAGAACUGGAGAAUGAACUGAAACUGGAUCAUAUUGCAUAUGCUAUAAGGGAAGAAGAGGAAUUGGCCGAGUUCGAAGAGUUGGAAGAUGAGCUAGAAAUGGCGGAGGAGGGAAUCGUGAGGACAGACUUUAUUGUUUGUCGGGAUAAGAAUAUCUAUUUGGCAAAACUCAAAGAGAAAAUCCGUACCGUCAGCGCGCCCCGCCCUGUUGUCAACAUCCCCAUCCAACGCCUGCCAUCGUCAAACGACUUGGUUAUGAAGAAACUUCAAGUGAAAAAUGCAAUUUCCAAUCUGGAUCUUCGCUCGUUUGGCAGUCAAUCCUCCCUGACUUCUCUUGAUUUUGGAACGGUGCCCGAUUUCGGAAGUCCACUACAAUUUUCCAGCAAAUCUAAUUUCCAACGUUCUAAAAUCCCGCUGGGCUCGUUCAGAAGUCCCAAAAAGCCAAUGAGCCGAACAGGCACUCCUACUAUGUACUCCUCUACACUGUCUAGGUUCAGUGAGAAGUUAUGA